UCCUGCAACCUGUGCUUUGAGCUGUUCAUCUACUGGGCACUGCUCUUCGUUGGCAUCCAGGGAUGAGUAUUGGCAGCUAACGUCGGCACAGACCUCCUAUAACAGGAUCUGUAGCAUUGUCAUGGAAUUCUGCUCUAGUUUGUGUCCAUUUAUUUCAGGAUUUGGUCAUGGGAUAUUUCACCCGCACCUUGCUCUUUGCUGUCACAAUUUUCCAACAGAUAACAUGCCGCAGCAGCAAUACUGAAGACAUUGGGGAAUACAUUGGGUCCAAUAUAGAGAUAUCAUGGGUGCCCAACCUAGAUGGACUAAUGCAAGGAUAUGCAAGGAACUUCAGGCCUGGGAUCGGAGGGCCUCCUGUAAUUGUUGCAGUAGAUAUAGAAGUCACCAGCAUUGACCAUAUAUCUGAAGUAAACAUGGAAUACACAAUGACAGUUUUCCUGCGUCAGAGCUGGAGGGAUGAAAGGCUUUCUUACAACCAUACCAACAAAACUCUUGGCUUUGACAGUAGAUUUGUUGAGAAACUUUGGCUUCCAGAUACCUUUAUUGUAAAUUCCAAGAAUGCCUGGUUUCAUGAUGUGACCGUGGAAAACAAGCUAAUCCGACUCCAGCCAGAUGGUGUCAUCCUAUACAGCAGUAGAAUAACAUCAACUGUUUCCUGUGACAUGGACUUAACAAAGUAUCCAAUGGACGAGCAGGAGUGCUUGUUUGACCUCGAGAGCUAUGGCUACUCAGCAGAGGACAUUCUCUACCACUGGUCGGAGAAACAGGAGACGAUCCACGGCCUGGAUAAACUUGAGCUUGCGCAAUUCACCAUUACAGGCUAUAAAUUCACCAAAAAGGUGACAAACUUCAAAUCUGCGGGUCAGUUUCCCCGGCUGACCCUAAGCUUCCAGAUGAAGAGGAACAGAGGAAUGUACAUUAUACAGUCUUAUGUUCCAUCCAUUUUACUGGUGACCAUGUCAUGGGUCUCUUUCUGGAUCAGUCAGUCGGCAGUUCCUGCAAGAGUUUCACUAGGUAUCACCACUGUACUCACAAUGACCACUCUGAUGGACUGCGCUCGAUCUUCUCUGCCCAGAGCGUCUGCUAUCAAAGCUCUGGAUGUCUACUUCCUCAUAUGCUAUGUUUUUGUGUUCGCUGCCUUGGUGGAGUAUGCAUUUGCUCACUUUAAUGCGGACUACACAAAGAAGAAUAAGAAGAAGGCAGUGCGUAAGGUGUCAAUGAAGGAUGGCAAUGAAGCCAUAGUCCUGCUCACCUUGUCAUUACUGGGAGUGAAUCUUAAUGUUUCAGGGCUAAUAGGUGGGCGCAAAUGUACAGGAAGGGCAAUUAAACUGUGUUCUCGUGAGCUGAAACCUGACCAAAAAGGUGACCGACGAAAGAAGACUUUUCUGAAGCCCAUAGAUGCAGAUACCAUUGAUGUUUAUUCAAGGGCAGUUUUCCCAGCUGCCUUUGCAGCAGUGAACAUUAUUUACUGGGUGGGCUACACAGCGUGAGAGUAAUUGUGUACCAUGUGUCUAUAUAUGCAUCAACUAAAAUUCAUGUCAUUCACUGCAUUAAAAUAAUGAGAUACGACUACAGUUCAUAAUACCAGUUCUAAACAGAUAUUUUUUGUAUGUUUGGUUAGUAUUAAUACAUUUAGAUAAACUUCUCUGUAAACAGCAGUGUUAAAAAAAAGAUUUUUACCUGAUUAAAAAAAAUGUAAUUUUUAUUUUUAUUGUCAAAUAAGUAUAAGAUCUAUUGGCAAUACAGGGAAGCAAGCCUAUGUAAUUUUUUACGUGGGUUUUACAUUUUUUUAUUCUUCCACAAGAUGACGAUGUGCACUCCUAUUGUUGUAGGAUUGUGGUUUAAUUCAAGGCCUUGUGCUUCCGAGAUGAUGGAUACAUGGUUCUACCAAUGGCUGCCCAGAUUGUUUGUUUGUCUCAUCUAUGAUGGGCCAUGUCUGAGCAUCCAAUGAGUGCCCUUGGGUCAUUCUGUUUACUAAUGGCAUCGCUCCCUUGUCUUGCUAAUAGAGUAUAUACAUCGUGGGAGUAGGCGUGUGGGCGUACUCCUGAUGACGUCAAGUCUGAUGAAACAAUCGUCUGGACGCUACGCACACACGCUUUGCACGAUCACUUUUAUGGACUUGUAACCUGCAAGGAAUUGCUUUUUGGCUUGUUUGCUUUGGAGAUAUUAUCUGAGUUUGAACCUGUGUAUGCAGCAUUACAGCACUGCAGUAUUGUCAAUAAAACCGCUUAAGGAGACAAUAUUACGCUA